AUGUCGAAUUUCGAGCCCAAUGCCGUUAUUCGCGGCUUCCAGCUCACCGUGGUAGGAACUGUCCGCGCUUUGCAGAACCCUGAUCUGUUCAAGCAUGAGCACUUUCGUCAAGCAGCUAUAGCAGUUGCAGUUGGUAUUGUCAUCCAGCUCAUUAUUCAAAUUCCGAUAAUCGGCUUGAAGUUCAUUUUAUACCUUAUCUCUUGGGUAAUCGACCUGGAAAGCGUAACAUGGGACGAUGAUCUUCUCAAAGGCCUGGCCUUCUUAUCCAAAUCAGUGCUCCAAGUCCCGUUCCUGUUGAUGACCUUGAUGGGUCAUCUGACACCAACUCUCGAUGAGAUUUUUAUGCAAUCCAUCCACUGGGUAGACACCACAUACGCCCAAAAACACAAAUCCGAGGAUCCCAAUACUUUGCGUGCCAUGUACUACCCCAACCUGGAUCUUUUUCCAGCUAAGGGAGGCCCUCGCCAGUCACGUCCCAAGAUGGAGAUCUUUAUGAAAUUUGCCAAUCGCUAUGGCAAGAAAAUUGCGCUCGGAUUGGGUGUGUAUGUCCUGUCUAUGCUCCCUAUCAUUGGUCGCUUUGUGUUGCCAGCGGCCAGUUUCUAUACCUUCAAAACGCAUGUCGGCACGGCUCCGGCUGUUGUCAUAUUUGGCACUGGCCUGGUCCUGCCUAAGACAUACAUUGUUCAAUUCCUCCACACCUACUUUGCAUCUCGAAGUCUGAUGCGUGAACUUCUCGAACCGUACUUCCGUCGAAUCAAGUUCACUCCAGAGCAGAAGAGUCGCUGGUUCCGCGAUCGCGAGGGUGUUUUGUUCGGCUUUUCGUUUGCCUUUACCGUGGUUUUGAAGACUCCCUUCAUUGGUGUCGUCAUGUACGGUGUUGCUGAAGCAUCUACUGCAUACCUUGUCACCAAGAUUACCGAUCCACCGCCAUCUCCUGUUGAAAGCGAAGGCUUCGCAGAGAGUCAAGUAACGUGGAAAAAUAAGCAUGAUUUCCUACGUCUCCCACUUGACCACAUUGACAAGCUUAAUGUAUCCAGUGAUGAACACGUCAAGGCCGACUCUGUUCUUGAAGGAAAGAAGACUCAUUGA